GUGGUACUUGGGAAGGGAUGUUGCUUUCGUCGUCUCUCCUGACGGACUCGUUUUCUGCUUCUUCGCUCCCCCUCUCUCGUCCCAUGACUUGCAUGCUGUGUGUGUCUGCGUUUGAGACUGGGCUUACCUUUCUCCAUUCUCCUUUGGAACCUCUGGGCGUUGCUUCUCCAAUUCGUUGGCGCCGGUGAGGUGUUGGUUGCGCGCGGGUUGGUGUACCAAGGUGCGGCUUCGAUCGGGGCAUUUGCGUCCCUGUGUUGGGCGUGCAUCUUGCAAUCGGUGGCGUGUUCAAGCACUUCUUGUCAUGCUACUACUCUUACCAGAAACCUCAACAACUUGGUUCCGCUGAAAAUCCACACCACAUUCAGGAAGUUACUGGUAAUGGCUAGCGUUUGACGUACACGUAAGCAAAGAUGGAGCCUCGAAUUCGAAGAGUUGGUGGCGGUUUUCCCGGAUACGAUGGCCCUGCGCUUCCGCGUGGUCUGCGGUCGCAGCGGGGGCGAUCAGGCGAUGCCGCGAAGGGGCAUGGCGUGAACCUGGCUCGCACUGGAGUGUUCGAACUGCUGGCGACGGUGGCAGGCCAGAUACUGCAAGACGCGAGAAGCGACGAUCCGAACGGCGCGAAGCAGGGUGAUGGCGAAGGCGCGAGGGGCAAGUCGCAGUCUGGGAUGGAUUCUCAGAUAUCAGGGCUGGACAGCGUGAAAGACUUCACGUCCGUGGACAAACCGCAGUCGAGUGGAAGCGGGAAUGCGUAUGCAGGGGGCGUGACGCAUGUGAGCUCGGUGGACGAGGUGUCUGUCGAGGGCAGCAACGAUGGUGAAAGCGCGAGCUGUGGGGCGCGGAGUCCAGCACAGGAAGAGGAUCGGGGGGCGUUUGUGAAGGAUGUGGCGGUGGACGAGGGCAGCGGAGCGGUUGUACAUACGAAGGGGUCGGCGAUGGAAGGCGUGGUGAUGGCGCCUGUGUGUGAUAGUGACAUGUCGAGUACGCAGGCUGGAGGCGAAGUGGGGUCGCCCCGCUGCGGUGUGAAGGAGAUGGUGCAAGUUUCGGGAACGUAUGGCGGAAGCAGAGAGGUGGAGCGGUAUUCUACGGAGGAGGUUGGCGCAGCAGCGGAGGAAAGGACGCACGCAGCGGUGGAGGUGGUGGGAGAAGAGAUGGUGGUGGUGGAAGCGGGCGUGGGCGUGAAGCAGGCGUCAUCGAAGUCGGAAGCGGUGGUGAGUGAGGCGCUGGUGUGCUCGAAGUCGAUGGAGGCAGAGGGGGUGUGCGGUCCGAUGGACGGAGGUGGUUGCGAGGGGUGGAAGAGGUCGGCGACGUCGGUUGCGGAGAUGCAGAUGCAGUGCAAGAUGUCGGAGAGCGAAGAGUACGGGGAGUCGGCGGAGGUGAUGGAGGAAGGCGAGGAAGGGAUGGAGGAUGACGAUGCGGGGAGCAUGGAGGUGGAGGUGGAGGUGGAGGAGAGGAAGGUGGUGGUGUCGGGGAAGAGCAAAGGGAGGGGGGGUUCGUGCGGGAGGUUGGCGGUGGCAAGUCCAGGGGUGGCGGAGUGCAAGAGCAGUCGGCCGAUGGUGAGGAGGGUGAUGAGCAGAGUGGAGGGGAAGUUUUACAAGAAGGAGCACGGGUAUGGGACGUCGCAGCGCGUUCACCCGGAGACAAUGACGACGAAGCUAGAAUCGUACAGCAGGAGCUUGAAGGUGCGGAGGGCCGUGAAGGUUGCGAAGCGCAACCACGUGGGCGGGACGAGGGCGAAACGGCAGCAUGCGGAGAUGGAGUCGACGGAUUCGGGGUGCAGCGAAGAUUGUGGAUACGGGAAGAAGUCGUACUUGGGCGGGAUGGGGGCAUACACUCGACAGCGGACGACGCGAGGAGCGGCGAACAAGAGGAGGAAGUUGCGUGAUGUAGCCCCAAAACCGAACGGUGAACUUCGAUUCGAAACGGUGAAUAUGUGUCGCAAGCCAGGUAACUGA